GCUUAUAAGAAAGAAGAAGAAGAGGAAGAAGAAAGAAUUUCAAAAAAUAAGAAAAAUAAAAAUAAAAAUAAAAAGUAAAGAAAACGAAAUGUCGGGGAGGGAAAAGAGAAAAGACGAGGAAGGCGCGUCGGACGGCGACUCGGAGGGCCACGCGCCUCCCAAGAAAAACCUGAAGAGGAGCUCCGAUGAAGAUUCCGACGAAAUCAUUGUCUGCGACCUUUCAAAAAAUCGGAGAGUCAAGGUCAGGAACUUCCAAGGGAGGAUUAUGAUCGACAUUCGCGAAUUCUACGUCAAGGACGGCAAGGAAUUGCCUGGAAAGAAAGUAUGCUUGGGUCUGGAUUGGUGCUUGAGGGUUCAUGUUUCUGAUAUAGUUUGGUGAUUGGCUAACGGAAAGGAAUCUCACUAACCAUGGAUCAGUGGAACAUUCUGCGGGAUAAUAUAGAAGAAAUUGACCAGGUGGUUAAUGAAUCCUAGGAAAUCAGAGUCAAUGGAUAUGGAGAAUAUGUUAGCCUCUGGGGUGUUUUUUAAGGCUGCUAAAUACUCUUGAUCCAUGGUUAUGGUGUUUUUAAUGUUUAGAAUUGAAACUUUUUGUUGAUAUAUUAUAUAUAUGCUUAUAGGGUCCAAAACUUUAUUAAUAGGGCUUUUCCUUUUGUGCUUCAGAGCUUGCAUCACUAAACUAAGCAGUUUCUUAACAUAAUUUGUAGGAUGUUUUUUUUAUCUCUGCUAGUCUAUAAUGCAGUAAUCCAUACAUGAUCCAUGCUCA